AUGGAAAACCAACAGCAACCGUCUUCAACAUCGCUUUGCCGUGGAGGAUGUGGCUUCUUUGGUUCUAGUGCAACUGAGGGACUCUGCUCAAAAUGUUUUAAGGACAACAUCAAGCGUAAGCAGGACACUGCCCGCUUAUCUCCCACAGUUCCCGUAGCCGUUCCUAUGGCCGCAUCCUCUUCUACUUCAACUUCCACCUCUUCCUCCUCCUCCUCUUCUCCGAGUUCUACCGUCCCGGAACCAGCUCAGACUUGUGCUCAAGCCGCUCUUUCUAAUUCCGAUGUUACUGCAAUUUUAGAGAGUGCAGAAGCAAUUGCUGCAACUGAGUCGGAAGCGUGUAGCAAACCAACGGAAAGUCCUGUGGUUGCAUCUGAUGCUCCUGCCCCGGUGAAGAAAGCUAAUCGUUGCCUAAUGUGUAAAAAAAAAGUCGGUUUGACGGGUUUCACUUGCCGUUGUGGCGGACUUUAUUGUGGUGAUCAUCGCUAUGAUAAAGCUCAUAAUUGUUCAUUCGAUUAUAAAACAAUGGAGCGUGAAGAGAUUCGUAAAAACAAUCCUGUCGUUGUUUCGGAUAAAAUCCAACGGAUCUGA